AUGAGGGUGGCUGCGGCGACUGCGGCGGGAGCGGCGGGAGCGGGAGCCGGGCCGGCCAUGGCGGUGUGGACGCGGGCCACCAAAGCGGGGCUGCUGGAGCUGCUGCUGAGGGAGCGCUGGGUCCGGGUGGUGGCCGAGCUGAGCGGGGAGAGCCUGAGCCUGACGGGCGACGCGGCGGCGGCCGAAGCCGAGGCGUCGCUGGGGCUGGCGGCGGCCGCCUUCAACGGCCUCGCGAACGGCGGCGGCGGCGGCGGGGCGGGCGACUCGCUGCCCGCCAGCCCGAGCCGCGGCGGCCUGGGCCCCCCGAGCCCGCCGGCCGCGCCCGCGCGGGGCCCCGCGGGCGAGGCGGGCGCGUCGCCGCCCGUGCGCCGGGUGCGGGUGGUGAAGCAGGAGGCGGGCGGCCUGGGCAUCAGCAUCAAGGGCGGCCGCGAGAACCGGAUGCCCAUCCUCAUCUCCAAGAUCUUCCCGGGGCUGGCGGCCGACCAGAGCCGGGCGCUGCGGCUGGGCGACGCCAUCCUGUCGGUGAACGGCACGGACCUGCGCCAGGCCACCCACGACCAGGCCGUGCAGGCGCUGAAGCGCGCGGGCAAGGAGGUGCUGCUGGAGGUUAAGUUCAUUCGAGAAGUUACACCAUAUAUCAAGAAGCCAUCAUUAGUAUCAGAUCUGCCAUGGGAAGGUGCAGCUCCCCAGUCACCGAGCUUUAGUGGCAGUGAGGACUCUGGUUCUCCAAAACACCAGAACAGCAUCAAGGACAGGAAGGUCAUCCCUCUCAAAAUGUGCUUCGCCGCUAGAAACCUAAGCAUGCCGGAUCUGGAAAACAGAUUGAUAGAGCUCCAUUCUCCUGACAGUAGGAACACGCUGACUCUCCGCUGCAAGGAUACAGCCACCGCCCACUCCUGGUUCGUAGCUAUCCACACCAACAUAAUGGCUCUCCUCCCACAGGUGUUGGCCGAACUCAAUGCCAUGCUUGGUGCAACCAGUGCAGCUGGAGGCAGCAAGGAGGUCAAACACAUUGCCUGGCUGGCAGAACAGGCAAAAUUAGAUGGUGGAAGACAGCAGUGGAGACCAGUCCUCAUGGCUGUGACUGAGAAGGACUUGCUGCUUUAUGACUGUAUGCCGUGGAGCAGGGAUGCCUGGGCAUCGCCGUGUCAUAGCUACCCUCUUGUCGCCACAAGAUUGGUUCAUUCUGGCUCUGGAUGUCGCUCCCCCUCCCUGGGAUCAGACCUAACAUUUGCCACCAGGACAGGCUCCCGGCAGGGCAUUGAGAUGCAUCUCUUCAGGGUGGAGACACAUCGGGAUCUGUCGACCUGGACCAGGGUGCUUGUUCAGGGUUGCCACGCUGCUGCUGAGCUCAUCAAGGAGGUUUCUCUAGGAUGCACAUUAAAUGGCCAAGAGGUAAGACUCACUGUCCACUAUGAAAAUGGAUUUAGUAUCUCCAGGGAAAACGGAGGUCCCAACAGCAUGCUAUACCGCUACCCCUUUGAAAGGCUGAAAAUGUCUGCUGAUGAUGGCAUCAGAAAUCUGUAUCUGGAUUUUGGUGGUCCUGAGGGAGAGCUGACCAUGGACCUGCACUCUUGUCCAAAGCCAAUUGUAUUUGUGCUGCAUACGUUCCUAUCAGCCAAAGUCACUCGCAUGGGACUGCUUGUAUGAGCAUCAAAGAAUCAGAAAAGAGCCUUGAAUGUCUCAAAAGUUUUUCCACCUCAAAAAAAAAAGGAAAAGGAAAAAAAGCACAAAAAGAAAUCUCUUUGAUCUCUCCUCUAGCACAGUGCCUUGACAAGGACCCGCAAACCACUGCUGAACCAUGAACGUGUUUAAGGAAGAGCCAGCCACACUAUAGGGCUGUAAGAAGCUCCAAAAUGAAGCUUUUGAUUCAUUGCAUAGUUUCCUCAAGUGGUUUAUGAGCAAUUAGGUGUAUUUCUUCUAUUGAGAAGGGUGGCUCAUUGCUUUUCUUUUGGGAUAUAACCAAAUAUUCAAGAGUUUUCUUUUAUUCUUCCUGUAGAAUUUGUUUCAGGCUUAACUUUGAACUUCUGCUUUGGGUAACUGUUCUCUGGUGCUAGUUCACAGCCGCCCGUGCUUCUUGGUCAUUCCAGAUAGGACCAACAUUCUAUUGGAAUUUAUGGUCCUCACUUGCUCCUCCCCGCUGGAGAAGUCUUUGAAUGGUCUCACCAAAGCAUACUCCCAUCCUGCCUGCCAUCGCUGCCCACCACGCCUCAAGCUCGGCCACUCAUAAGUGCUAAGGACUUAAAAGUUUUAGGACUUAAAAGUUGCGUAGUGUGAUUUGCCUUGCCUUCCACUCCCUUCUUAGUGGUGACCAAGUUGAAAAACAAUUUGUAAACCACGACUUUGAAAGAAAAGUUUUGUUUGUGGGCUUUCUGACUUUAUCUUGUUAAGAGCCAGGGAAUGUUAGAAGACUUACUUUAAAGAAAAUCCUCAUUUUAGCCCAAGCCAUUUUUAUUGCUUACCAAUUGUGCCUUUGGUUAGGGUUAGUGGAGCUUUGUUAGUCACUGUUGGAAUAACUGGAUGUCACUGCCAUUCCAGGGAGAUGAUUUAUCCUGAUUUUGAAGAAUAGUCUACAAGCUAAGCUCCCUCAGCUAUCUCUUUGAGGGAAGUAAAUCCUAGAGAGCCAGCUUGCUCUAGAGUAGACUUGUGAUGAAGCUAUCUCUUCAACAAAAGCAUCAUGUUGAGUUUAUUGGACACAAUCCUGGCCCUGGCCCAUCACCUUUGUGGCGGCAGUGUGUAAUGGACAAGCAUCAGCUAAUAUAAGUCUUGGCAUUUUUUCCUUAGUAAUGUACCCUACAGUGGGCAGGGUGAAGGGACCACAGGGUUUUGCUACGCAUUGCCAGCUGACAUCAUUAGGACUUUAGCAGUUAGAGUGCUGGUUUUGUGGUAUUGGAGAAUCACGCUCAACUUAUUUUCCUACUUUCGAAGGAAGUUAUAUGACUGAAGACAUUUGGAGCUGUAUAAAAUAUCAAGAUUAGCACAACCCUCAGAUCUGAACGAAGAAGGACAGUUGACUUGGAUUUCUCCACUCUCUGAAGAAAGGAAUGGAUAUAUUUUACUAGGCUUGUCAGGAGUGUCAUAAGAGAAUGUGAACCCCAAGAAGGGCAGAAGAAAGGGGCCUGAGCGGGCAGAGCCUUGCAUGCAACCAAAGUGGAUUUGAUCCCUGGCAUCCCACACAGUCCCCUGAGCAGCAGCAGGAGUGAUUCCUGAGUGCAGAGCCAGGAAUAACCCCUGAGCAUCUCUGGGUGUUGUGUCCCCCUCCCCCAGAAAAAAAAAGGCAGACGAGAAUGGCACUCCAGAGAGGGUAGGGGCAUAUAACCGUCUAUUCAUGCAGAAGUGUUUGGUUUGAGUGUAUUACAGGUGCACUCGCGGUGGGCCUUAGAAAAGAGCAGACACCUGAGCAAGCACAUUCUAACUAGGUUUAGAACCCCAUUGUAGUUCCUCUGCUCAAGGUCAGUCCGCUUCAUCCGUGUUGUGUAUGGUGAGAUUACCCAUGUGAAGAGUCUCCAGGGAGAAGUCUGUUCUCCCACCGACCCCCACCUCCCACCAGCUCCAAUCUCUAAAAUGAUCACUCCACUUAAAACUGGAAGUU